AGAAGAGGGGAAGGGAGAAAGGAUCAGAAACUGUUCUGUUGCAGCAACGUCGAGAGCAGCAACGUGGAGAGUGAUGGUUGAGAACUAACCCCCUCCACUCUGGGUGAAUGCAAACCGCUCGACAGUUCAGUUAAACCCUCCUCCCAUCCUCCUGUGGGGAAAAGGGGAACUCCGCUUGGUCUGUGUCUGUCUCAACACCCCAGAGGGGAAGCCACACCGCCAGCCUGCAGACGGGGGGAGGUUUCUUUCCCCGUUUUCCUCCUCUGUUGCUCUUGCUGAAGAACAGCCUGGCCCAUGCAGAGAACAGACAGAGCAAGGGAUUGCCUUCCUGGGGAGGGACCCGGCCCGCAGUGACACAUUUCCUCUUUGUCGGGCUGUGGGGAAGCGAUAAGCUGCCAGCGCAGGGCAAAGGCGGCUCGGCUCCGCAACACACAGGAAGACUUGGUGGAUCCGCUCAGCUACAGUAACACGGGGCUGCUGCUGCUCCUUGUCUCACACCCGUCAACCCCCUCCGACUGUAACAUGAGCAGAUAGGAUCUCACUCGCGUUUCCUGCAGGUGGAGGUGGAUGGAGCUGGCCUGACGGUGGUUUGGGGUGGAACACAGCGGAGUGGCGGACCGGUGGGGGGGGGGGUGGGGGGGUGACACCAUGCUGCGCCGCAGUAACCCCGUCCUGUGGGGGGUGCUGCUCUUCAUAGCCUGGAACCUGGUGCUGCUCUUCUUCCUGCUGGGCCGCCCCCCGUCGGGCGGCGGGGGCGGGGAGGGGGUGCUGGACGCCGAGCAGCUGUCCCGCGACGUGGUCAAGGUGGCCGAGGAGGUGGAGCAGGAGCUGGAGGAGCAGAAGCGGCUGCUGCAGCAGAUCCAGGAGCAGCAGAGACUGUGGGGGCGUGGGAGGGUGCAGGGGAGGGUGCAGGGGAAGGGGCAGGUCGCACCCCACCCUCCCCCCACCCCUCCCCCCUCCCCGGACACGGUGUUGCCGGUGCUGGUGAUCGGCUGCGACCGGCCCACAAUUAGACGGUGCCUGGACAAGCUCCUGCAGCACCGGCCCUCCAAGGAGCUGUACCCCAUCGUGGUGAGCCAGGACUGCGGGCACGAGGAGACGGCCAGGGUGAUCGCCUCGUACGGGGACCGGGUGCUGCACCUGCGGCAGCCCGACCUGAGCGAGCCCCGGAUGCCGCCCGAGCACCGCAAGUUCCAGGGCUACUACCGUAUCUCCCGCCACUACCGCUGGGCCCUCAACCAGGUGUUCCGCUCGCUGCGUUACACUGCCGCCGUGGUGGUGGAGGACGACCUGGAGGUGGCGCCGGACUUCUUCGAGUAUUUCCGCGGCCUCUUGCCCGUGCUGCGCGCCGACCCCACCCUCUGGUGCGCCUCGGCCUGGAACGACAACGGCAAGGAGGCCAUGGUGGACACUCAGCGCCCACAGGCCCUCUACCGCACAGACUUCUUCCCGGGGCUCGGCUGGAUGCUGCUCAGGGACACAUGGGAGGAGCUGGAGCCUGGGUGGCCGGGAGCGUUCUGGGAUGACUGGAUGCGGAACCCAUCCCAGCGUCGAGACCGCUCGUGCGUGCGUCCCGAGGUGUCCCGCACCAUCACCUUCGGCCGCAAGGGGGUGAGCAACGGCCAGUUCUUCGACCAGCACCUCAAGUUCAUCAAACUCAACGAGCGCUUUGUGCCUUUCAGCAGCCUGGAGCUGGGCUACCUGAGCAAGGAGCGGUACGACGUGGCCUGGGAGGCCCGUGUGUACGGGGUGCCCGCCCUGCGGGUGGAUGAGCUGCAGCACAAUGACAGGAUGGAGCUGGGGGAGGUGCGGGUGCAGUACUCCUCCAGGGACACAUUCAAAGCCUUUGCCAAGGCCCUGGGAGUCAUGGACGACCUCAAGUCCGGCGUUCCCCGAUCCGGAUACAGGGGCGUGGUCACCUUCAUGUACCGUGGGCGUAGGGUCUAUCUGGCACCCCCCAGAGACUGGAGCGGGUACGACCCCAGCUGGAGUUAGCCCCCCCCUCCACACACCCCUCUCCCCACACCCCCC